AUGGCGGCCGCGAGCUUGAGGAGACAGUAGUAGUCUCACAAGUCGUUCUGAUGUACAGCAGAAUAUUACGACGACUAGUUAAAAAGUUGCCGGGGGAAAGGUACUUCGGCGAUUUCCGGAUCCUCCCUCUAUUCUUUGCGCUCGGUGCGUUUAUAGAGUACUCCAUGAUCCAGUGGCAUGUGGGUGAGACUAAUUUCUACAAAGUGUACAAACGCCGGCAGAUAGAGGAGUUGACGAACAAGAAGUUACAUCAGACUACACCGAUCGUCGAUAACAAAGCCUGAAGCCGCAUUUGUAAUCGACCAUCAUCGCGCAAUGCCCGCCGGAGUG